GUCCAGCACACAGACAGUCCUGGAUCUAACCAUGACCAUGUACACCUUCCUGUGCGCUCUGGGCUUCCUGGCUGCCCUGCAGGUGCCAAGCCUGGCAGAGAAUGGUGAACCUGAAGUACUGCCUAGAAUGGAGGCCAUGGACAGUGUGAUGGCAUCUACCAGCGACAGAAAUGACAUUCUGAACAAACACAAUGAUCUGAGGAGAGCCGUCCAGCCUACAGCCUCUAACAUGCUGAAAAUGAGCUGGAGCGCAGAGGCUGCAGCGAACGCUCAGCGAUGGGCCAAUACCUGCUCCAUGAAACACAGCCCUGACAGCGCCAGAACGAUCAGCACCAGCGGCUGUGGGGAGAAUCUGUACAUGUCCAGCGCUAAGAACCCCUGGAGCGAAGCCAUCCAGAGUUGGUACGAUGAGGUGAACAACUUCCGCUACGGCACAGGCUCUAUCAAUGGAGGAGUGGUUGGACACUACACACAGGUUGUUUGGUACAGGUCCAACCUGCUAGGCUGUGCCAUGUCAUACUGUCCCAACUCCAGAUUCAAGUACUUCUACGUCUGCCACUACUGCCCACCUGGAAACUACCAGCUUAAACGUCCCUACACAGCAGGACGCCCCUGUGGAGACUGUCCCAAUGCCUGUGAUAACAAACUGUGCACCAACCCCUGCCCAUACGCUGAUCAGUACAGUAACUGUCCUGAGCUGAAGGAGCAGUGGGGCUGCAGCAACAGCAACGUGGCGUCCUGGUGUAAGGCCUCCUGCAAGUGCACAGAUCAGAUCAUCUAAACACCAGCUAACAUUGGCUCCAUCUCCUGAGCCAUUUCAAAAAAUAUCAAUAAAGUUUGACUUAAUAAUGAC